UCGGCAGUCCUUGAUAAACAAGACCAUGCCCCAAGUUUUCCAUGUAAUCCGUUGCUAUGACUGCCAAACAUUUCAAGUACAGCAGGAGUAUGGCAGUGGAUCAGGCGUGGACUGUCGCAAGCUUGUCCAGAGUUUGAACAUGCAAAAGGUAAAUACUCAAAAACCAUGUGAUACCAUUGCUGGAAUUGCCCAAGAUGAAAAUGAGUUUACCCUGAUAGAAGAGGAGACAAAGCUUAUUCAAACAGCCACAUUUGAGUCUGCAUCCUCUAAGUGGAAUCAAUUUUUAGAUGAAAAAAAUGACAGCACUGAACUUGAUGUUGGCAGUAGGGAUGAGAAAGAAGACAUGAUGUUUACGACCGAUAGGGAUGUUAUGUUGAGAGAAGAAAGAGAGUUGAGAAAAUUGAGACGACAGGAAUGGAAAGCUGGAAAGAGGAAAAGAAAUUACGAAUCCAAGCCUUACAUAAUUAAUAAGAAUGCAAAACAACAACCAGUUACUAAAAAUUAUUCAAGAAAAUGUACUUUGAGUAAGCCAGAACAACAGAAUUCUUUUGGGAAUGCUCAUGUUAAAUCAGGAUAUGUUUUAACAUCAAACCAAAUAAAGCAAACUUAUUCUGCAAAUUUGUCUACUAUUAGUGAUGAUAGGCAACACACCAUGACCACAAGCCAUUUUAUGAAUAGCAAUCCAGCGUGGUUUCAGAAUCCCAGUUGCAAACAAAUACUAAACAAGAACUCAAAGAAACAUGAUUUAGUUAACAAGUCCAGCACUAGCAAAUGGUCAAAGUUUUUAGAAGUCAACGAGGAUGAAAGCACAGAUGAUGAAGAUGACUGUGACAAUGGAGAUUAUUUAAAAAGGCGAGACCAGCUGCACAUUAACAUUAAAUCUGAGGACGUGUGAAAUCGGAUUCCAGAAAUAAAGAUUUGGUUAAAAAUAAAUUUGACAAAGGGGAGGAGAAUAUUAUUGGUUUUGCAAAUAAAAAUAAUCAAUUUAAUCUUAGUAUUGAUAUUGAAGUGUUCGAAGAUUGGUAGGAGUAUUUGUCUUCAUACAGGGUCCAGGGGUGGCAAAAGGGUAUAUGCUAAAACUCCGGAGGUUCUGGAGAAUAUCCUGCCCCCACUAUCAUCCUGGAUCUUUGAUGAAAUUAUUUAAAACUGAGAUGAGUGAGAUACAACUCACUGACUGAUAAUUAUUUUUGUAUUCACUACUGUAUUCAGAAUAUGUUAUCCAUAAUUAUACAGUAGUUAUUACCUAGUAUAUACUCUAUAAAGUACGAAUACAUUUUUACAAAAAAAAAAA